ACACUUCCGAAGUCCUAGAACCUUCUCGCACAAUUUUCUUAAAAAAAAAAAAAAAAAUCCCAAACAUGUUUCUUAUCUAAAGUCUAAAAUUUCACAAUUCUCAAACCCUAAGUCCCAAAUUUCUCAUCAAUUUCAAAAAUUAUCUCUGUUUUCCAUCAAACAAUGGAAGAAACCGCUUUCUACCAAGGUCCUGGAUUCCGAUUCCACCCUACGGAUGAAGAAAUUGUUCGUUACUACCUCAAGAAGAAACUCACCGGAAAUUUACCUUCUUGCUUUGAUUAUCUCGCUGUCAUCGACAUCUACAAAUUCGAGCCAUGGGACCUUCCCAAGUUGUCGAAGCUGAAGACAAGGGAUUUGGAAUGGUACUUCUUCACUGCGCUGGACAAAAAGUAUGGUAAUAGUAUCAGGACGAAUCGUGCUACUGAUAGAGGUUACUGGAAGACUACUGGCAAGGAUCGUGCCAUCAAGAAUGGAGAGGAGACUGUUGGAAUGAAGAAGACACUUGUUUAUCACUCGGGUCGGGCUCCGCAUGGUGAUCGAAGCAAUUGGGUGAUGCAUGAGUAUAGGAUGAUUGAUGAGACUUUAGCCAAAGCUGGAGUUCAGGAUGCUUAUGUCCUGUGUAGGAUCUUCGAGAAGAGUGGUUCGGGGCCUAAGAAUGGGGAGAAGUACGGGGCUCCCUUUGUUGAGGAGGAAUGGGAGAGUUUUGGUGAACAAGUGCUACCCUUGCCGCCUGUUGAUAAUGAACCUUUGAAACUAGAAGGGUUUACUCCUGAUGUUGAUGAACUCGUGAAUCCCUUGGCAGUUUCUGUACCUGAUGAUGUACUGGUGGAUCCCUUGGAUGUUUUUUAUGACGAGCUUUGGAAUGAAAAUCUGCCUGAUUCUACUUAUGAGGACUUUUUUGAAGCCCAUGACCUCGACCAGGAUCUUGUUACUAGUAACACAGUUGGAAGUGCUGAACUUCAAUCCAACUUCUGUUAUGGAGAGUGUAGUACCCAUCCUCAGUAUUCCCAAGCAUUUAUUAAUGAACGUAAGCAAUCGGAAGCCACUCUUGGUGUGUAUGAAUAUGAGGUUGAUCAGCCUAAUAAUAUAGCUGAUCUAUAUGGUGGGAAUAUCAAUUCAGUGCAAGAUGGAUACAAUGGUGGGACAAACCAUAACGAAAAUCCUUUGAAUUUCAAUUUUGCAUCUGAGGUUGAUCAGCCUAAUAAUAUAGCUGAUCUAUAUGGUGGGAAUAUCAAUUCAGUGCAAGAUGGAUACAAUGGUGGGACAAACCAUAACAAAAAUCCUUUGAAUUUCAAUUUUGCAUCUGAGGAACUGGGUCAAGUCUUUCAUGCCCCUGAUUAUAUUACUGGUGUGACUGAUGAGUACAUGGAAACCAAUGAUAUUGCUGAGAUGGAUCCUUCUGUUGCUGCAAUGCUAGACGGGUCCCUUGCAGACCCUGAUGAUGACAUCUCCAAUUAUAUAUGCUUUGAUUCUCCUUUGAAUGCAAGGAGUGAAAGCCCCAUUGCCAGCUAUGGACAGCCUAUCAUUGAGCAGAAUGUGGAGGGCGAAACCUAUGAUAGUUCCUUGACAAACAAACAUGUUUUUGAAGCACAACCUAGUGAUGAAGUUUUACCAAAGGAGGAUCUAGCAGCGUCAAAUUGGGUCUCAGGAGAUGCAAACACUUUUGUGAAGCAUUUGUUGGCCAACAUACCUGCUCCACCUGCAUUUGCAUCAGAGUUUCCUGCUAAGGAGUUGGCUUGUGAGAUACACCCUGCAGCUGAGUCAUCCAAUUCAGCUCAUAUAACUGCAGGUAUGAUCAGCAUUACAGACAUUACUUUUAGAGGCAAUGCGAUGGAUUGGAUGGUGGGCAAGAAUGGAGGUUUUAACACCGUUAUGUCUACUGGGUUUUCCCAAACUGAUGUUAACCCUGCUACUUUGGUGCCUAUUUCUGGCUUGGUCUGUAGCAAAACUGCAUUUAUGUUAUCACAUGGUUGGGUUUUCUUGAUGGGUUUCUCAGUUGUGAUUCUUUCACUGAGUUUCAAGAUCGGAAGCUUCAUGUAUACGGGUAAAUGACAAAUGCAAGUUUGGCUACGAUAGAAUAAUCCAGUCAGUUAAGCAUCGUUCGGUUGGUGGCAUUCAUUGAAUGACUAGGAUUCCAUGACUUUGUAGAUUUCUUUACGGUAAUUUAGUCAUACCAAUCUUAACAUUAUUCAUUGUAACUUACUCGCCUGCAUAUUUUUUAUUUUUUUUGGUUUCAGAGUGCAAACAGAGCUAUACUGAACAAUUAGUUAUACAUAUUAGUCACUAUUUACCUUGAUAGUUUUAAGUUCUAACUGAUAGGCUAUUUAUUAUAUACUAUGUUGGAGAU